GUCUAACGUCAGCAUUUUGUACAAUACUUUGCGCUAUAGUCAUCGCGUGGCAUUGCUAUAUCCUAGUUGCUUUGCGAAAACAGUUCGGAAAGGCUCGCUGAGCCUUGUUUCACCUUUUCACAAAGAUCCUUGUUGCUGCGCACGUUGCCGUGCUUGAUCACGGUCAGGCUGCGUACCCCGCUUCCUGAAAGCAUCGAAUGUACCAGCAAGCUGACACUUUCUCCAUGUACACAUGAGGUUCCUCGAAUAUAGAAAAAAGAUGUCGAUGCAAAGGUAUCGAAGAUCAGCUUUGGAUCGUUUUGGGUCGUGUUCGAGUAAAAAGAAUUUAAGUAUAAAACUUUAUAACGAAACUCGGUUUUGGAUCCAAAUCGUGGAGUAGAUAGAGCAAGGUGCCAGGGCUGAAACAAGUCUCAAAAGGGACCAUGGGGCUGGGAGUCAUGGAAUCUAUCGUCAGAUACCGUGGGGAGGAACUGCUUACACCAAAUAAUUGUUGACAUAUGUUCAAUUGCUACUCUUAGGUCGUAAUUCCUUUGGCCUUUUGCUUGUAGCACUAGAACGACCAGAAGUUCAGUUUCUGCUCUUGUGCCGGCUUACGGGUUUCAGCAAAGAAUUCUACAUAUUAUGCUCGAUCACCUGUUUUUAGAAAACUUUUUCGAAGCAUCGAAUUUCCGCAAUAUAUUGGUCUUGCUUUAUUUUCAAUUCUUGGAAAUACACUUGAUUGACCUGCUAGUCUUAUUACCGUAGACACCACUAGCUGUGCCACAGCAUAAUUUUUUUCUUGAAAGUAGAAGGCGUAACAGGAAAAGUGGGUCCAGAAUUCAAAUUCUUUAUGGCCACUGCGUGCGUCGGCCCUUGAGCUCACGCCGUUCUUCAGGUGAACUCUGACAUCGAUCACGAACAAGAGCACCAACGCAUUUUGAUAUUGUGCUGCACCAGCAGCAGCACGAAGGUCACCUGACAAACGGGAGACACACCACCACCACCACCAGUUUCUGCGAGCCAACCGCCUUCUCUGAAAAUGAACGCUGACCAGCACCGUCAUUAUGACGGUAACAACCAGCGGCCACUGCCGGAUGCGCCCAGAAUACACAAAUCACCCGAGAUGAUGCCGGGCGUGUCCCUGGGGCAAAGGUAUAAUUGGGGCCACCAGUGCACGCCGAGUGGGAGGUCACUUUUUCCGCAGCCGCCCGUGUCGCAGUUUCACAGAAGUAUACACAACUAAAAAAAUCAUUUACUCACAUGUUUUGUUAUCCGCCGCUGAGACGCGCCAAAGUUGAAUGUGAUUCUUCCUUGAUGCCUUUCUGCAUGACAACCGCAACCAAGAAUAGAAGAUGGUUUUAGUCGUAUCUUCAAAUUUCUUGAGGUAUCAACCAAGAUGCCGAGAUGGGGAAUCUUUGGGUCGACGGCUCCAACACCUAUGAGGACGCCCGACUUUCGACCCAGCCCUACCACCUGGAAAAGUAUCAAAUGCAAAAAUGUCUGGGUCUGGAAGAGUGCAGACUUGUCAUGCAUAUUUUCCCUGCCCCAUGAGGUCUGGAAUGCAGGACCUGGCAUGACAGAUUCUGCGAAGUCUCUAUCAUGCCUAUCCUGCAUGAGAGACUCCCACAACUCAUGUUGGUCAAAAAAGGACAAUUUUAAUUUUUAGCGAUCACGCAACACAGAUUUUUGUGUGACCCACAGGACGCUGCAUCACAAGUUCCAUUCUCCCAGACCCAGACAUUUUUACAAUCCAUAAAAAGGACGUCCGAACGAUGACAGCUUACAGCUACGACCGUAAGGUACCUCCAGGGACCUACGUCGAGCCAAAAGUGUAUGGAUGUGUCAGGAUCGAAAUCGACAAAGUCAAAAAAUUUGUGAUGCAUAAAAUGUAGAGCACUGAGGGCCUAUAGUAAUAGUACUAGGGAGCAGGCAAAUGACGCCGAUUGUGGGCCUGUUUAGGGGUAUACAACGUGCUGCCAGAGUAGCACGACAUGAGAAGUCUUCUUUGCCCAAACAGCAUGACAGACUGGAUGCGGGAGGUGCCCCCGAAAUUUGUCAUGCGCCACUUGGAGACUGAGGCUCCAACUGGCAAUGGCAUCGAUUUUGUGCAUCACAAGUUUUUCGAUUUUGUCAAAUUCGAAGAUUCUGACACCUCCAUAAAGUGUUUAACCAAGGCAACCACGUAAACUGGAAGACCCGGCCGCUGGACAAGUUUGAGCAGGCAAAAAUGAGGCGAGACAUCCGCUGUUACUCCGUGCCGAAAAGGGGCGUGCAGGGGGAGCACCACCCUGUGUGUAUUUAAUAUUUUUGUGUUCGAGGACUUCUUGUUCAUCUUCAUGCUGGAGUACUUACGCAGUACAUCUGUGAUGCGACACCACCCUGCUGUGUACUACGAGUGAAGAUGAUCAUCUCGUCCACCUUGCAUGUUGAGUUGUAGAUAUGAGGAAUUUUUUACCGUGCGAUUUUCUCCAGUCAAUCUCCCAACAGGUUGCUUCGUGGGGUUUGUAGAAUGGACCAUGGAACGCGGGGCGAUGCCAAGAGGAGAGCAGGACCGGCUCAUGUACGCGGCUUGCGCAAGUAAAUACCCCUGCAGUAGUAUCUUUUGUAAAAACAUCCCCACCCCAUAGUCAAGUUGGGAAAUCUGCAAGACAAAUCGACAAGCUUUGGCUGCUGCGCAUGACAAGUUGGGCCCCGUAGUGUAAUCCUAUUUAGCUAUUUCAGCAGCAUCACAGAUCUAGCAUAUCAUGAUGAUUCGAGCAUGACAAAUUCCGAAAUACGACUAGAAAUUGCUUCUCAUGGGGCUCCGCAUGAGAGACAUUUUCACCAUGCUGAUUUGCAUGACAGCUCUGGGGUCGUUUACAAAGGGGAGGCAAAGUGUGCCGCACUUCUGUUUAGCAUGACAACUCUGGGGUGGGGAUGUUUUUCCACAGGAUAAGUAGGCCAGCAACCUACGAGGAGUACAUAUCGCAUGGCAUAGCAGGCCUGCCCUUGAUCAACCAAACGAAAUACGACAUUACGUUCGUCGGGCCAGGUACCGUACUCGCAAUGAUAUUGAUUCGUACAACUUCUAGUUGCUCUUGCAUGUUUACUUCUAGUUGCUCUUGCUAUUGUCGCAUCAUGGAUUUUUGAGAUUGAGUUGUCAUCGAUCACUACGCAGCCAGGUCUCCUGCUCGAAGCAUUUACAAUCUAUCGUUGAUGAAGAUGAUGACCAAAAAAACGCUGCAUCGUCUUCAAUAUCAAGGUAGCGACAAAAUCGGCCCGGGCGUGCUUGACCAUAAGAACACAAAUUUUGCACGAAAGAAGGUAGUCUUUCCCGGUGACAGAAUGGACGGGAGCAGUGGCCAGAUUGAAAUAGACGACUCGUCCUGCUGGGGCAGGAAAGCAUGUACUGAAAUGUCAAAGUGCCUUCGUUUUUUGAACGAUUUGCAUUUCUGACUUAUACUCAACAUGGGAUAAGUUUUUUUAUGGGUAUGUUCUGUUACUUUGGCUAGUAUGGCUAAACUCAGUACAACAAUUCUGACCAAAAUACGCCGACUGCAAGAUCGUCUAUCAUGAGCCUAAAGAUCUUGAUCAACCAAACCUUCAGGCAUUGCCGUCGUUUACCAGAACCGGUUACGGAAACAGCCCUCGUUGAAGCAGUUUGGGCUCUUGAGGAACACGCUCAACAAGCCGCUAAACGAGUUGCAGGCGAAUAAUCUGAACAAAGACUCGACGCAGUGGGACACUUUUCAGCACCUGUACAAGCAAAACGCACGGGUCACGCCUUUGUGAGGAGGAUUCGGAUUAGUUGGUUGUGCAUCAAAGAUUUUGAUGGACAAGAAAUCUUCGUAGUCACCGUUGCACACGUGAACAUCAUCACGACGAAGAAGAGCGAAACAAAGAUCAGUAAGCUUUUGCGCUUCAUUCCUUCGACCAUAAAAUGAUUGAUCAUCAUCAUGUCGAUCAUAUAGUACAUCUUAAUAAUCUUUUCGCUUUCAUCUUUUACGCGUACUCACUGUAUCUAUUCACUCCGUUUAACAUUGCAAUUUCGACCACGCAGCUCUUGCGAUUUUAUUUUUAGCUGUUGGAUCAGUUUCUGUAGAAUUCGAUAUUGGCAUACUAGGAUAGACGAGAAGUAAGGACACUAACAAGCGCAAGUCCGUACUUUUUCCCUUGUUUUCCGAGCGUCUCGCGGCAGACGCUGCUGGCUAGUAAUUGUUGUAUCAGUCCAGAUGAUGGCAACCAGUAGCACGAAUCUAAAAAUUCUGUAUCAAAUGGUUUCCGCAGAAGAGCUUACCAACCAUAACCAAGCGGAAUUCACCUUUUCAUCAUCAUAGAAGGUCGGUAAGAUUUCUGUUUGAAGUUCUCCGAAUUCGCAUCUUGCUCCCGAUAUGAAAGACGUGACUGACUAAAUUGAUCUCAAGCUCCUGCAACAAAAGUCCUCGGUCUGAGUCGGAAUCGGAAAUACGAUAACAGGCGACUUCAUCAGGAAUUCUACAUGAUCACAACAUUGUUGAUGAUUUUCUGAGGUCUGCUCGGUUCAGAUUUGUAAUGUGUACAAGAAAAAAAAUUAUCUUGACUCGA